UACACGGCACCUAAGAAGAGAGCAAGAAUUGGAAAAGGGGCCAAUACUGCUUCAGGAGUGGCAGUUGACCCUCUAUUUGAUGAUACGGUUGAAUACCCGCGGGGUAAAGAUAAUCCCCCGACUUCUUCACUUUCUGAUGAGAAUCUUAGGGAAGCUAUUCAAAUGCUGACUCAGAUAGUGGCUUCUCAGGCCCAAAGGUCGAAUGUUGCACCCACAUCUUCUAGCCAACCAGGGGAUUCCACUAGUUCUAGGGUGAACAGCCAGGGUGCGGGCAGGGGUACAGCACAGCCAUCCAGUUCUGCAGUUGCUACAUCUCCAGCACCUCCUCCAGCUCGAGGCUCUCCAGCACCAGAGGGUGUGGUGCAGCUAGGGGUG